GCUGAAUUCUCACAGUGGGGCUAGUUAAUUGCUAAAGUAAGAUGCGGCGAUUUCGUUGUGCACAACUGUAAACGUUGAAUUUUACUGUGCAGGAGCGCGAAACGAUCACACCUAUUCGAUCCGUUGUAUUUCGAAAUGUUCAUCUCUGUGUGAGGAGAGAGGCUGGUCCCUCCGCGGCCCUUAGCCAGAACAUGGCGGAACACUUGAACAAAAUAUAGCUAGCUAGCUAAUAAGCUAGCUUAUUAUGAAAACAUUGAUAGGGUAAAGGCUUCGUACACAGUUUCACCCAUCGAGCUCGUUUAUUAUGGUUAAAUAAAGGUAUCGGUACGUUUUGUAAUUAUUUUCACUGCAAGGUUGAACAUUUUUCGUAGUCAGAAUGUGUAACGCAGGCAGGUAGUUCGCUAGCUGACUUGCUAGGAAAGCUAGCUAGCCAGCUGGGUGCACUGGUCGUAGCACCGAGCUGAAGUGAAAGGGCACCCGUGCAAAAUAUUUCUCGUCGUGCUCUGAAUGUUAUCUUUCUCUCUCAAGCUUCUUUCGCAUUGUGCAUUGAAACUGGUGACUUAUCUGUCACCGAGGUCCAUUUUCUUCAAUAAAACUACCUACGUUUUCUUGCAAACGCUUACACUGGCCAGUAGUAGUGAAACCUUUCAUCUGUGCGAGACUCACAGGUUUGUGUAGUACACAUAGUCCGCCACAUAACAUUAACUUCCUGACAACAGGUGGGCAGCAAAUGUAACUAAUCUGUUUGAUCAGUGUUUGUCGCGAUAUAUCCGAAUCAUUUCUGUAAGAGCUGUGCAUGGUGGUUAGGCUGUGAGGAAGUGAAAUUAUACUUAACAAACGAGUGAACCGUCGACUUCACCUGCAAGGAUGACCGACACCCGGCGACGAGUGAAGGUGUAUACUUUGAAUGAAGAUCGACAAUGGGACGACCGGGGUACCGGGCAUGUAUCGUCCGGUUAUGUCGAGAGACUUAAAGGCAUGUCUCUUUUGGUGCGCGCAGAAAGCGAUGGUUCUCUGCUGCUCGAGUCAAAAAUCAACCCCAAUACAGCUUAUCAGAAACAGCAGGACACGUUGAUAGUCUGGUCUGAGGCAGAGAACUAUGAUCUGGCCCUCAGCUUCCAGGAGAAGGCGGGAUGUGAUGAGAUCUGGGAGAAGAUAUGUCAAGUCCAGGGUAAGGAUCCCUCCGUGGAUAUAACGCAGGAGCUGAUAGACGAAUCUGAGGAGGAGAGGUUCGACGACAUGUCCUCCCCAGGUCUGGAGCUACCUCCUUGCGAACUCUCCCGGCUCGAGGAGGUGGCGGAGCUAGUGGCCUCCUCCCUCCCCUCGCCGCUCCGCCGCGAGAAACUGGCCCUUGCCCUGGAGAACGAGGGCUACAUCCGGAAGCUUCUGGAACUUUUCCGCGUCUGCGAAGACCUGGAGAACCGCGAGGGCCUGCAUCACCUCUACGACAUCAUCAAAGGUAUCUUUCUCCUCAACCGCACGGCGCUCUUCGAGGUCAUGUUUUCCGAGGAGUGCAUCAUGGACGUGAUUGGGUGCCUGGAGUUCGACCCGGCCCUCCCUCAGCCGAGGAGGCACCGGGAGUUCCUCACCACCACGGCACGCUUCAAGGAGGUCAUCCCCAUUUCCGACCCAGAGCUGAGGCAGAAGAUUCAUCAGACGUACCGGGUCCAGUACAUCCAGGACAUGGUCCUGCCCACGCCAUCUGUGUUCGAGGAGAACAUGCUCUCCACCCUGCACUCCUUCAUCUUCUUCAACAAGGUGGAGAUCGUCGGCAUGCUGCAGGACGAUGAGAAGUUCCUGACGGAGCUGUUCGCCCAGCUGACAGAUGAGGCCACAGACGACGACAAGCGGCAUGAGCUGGUGAAUUUUCUGAAGGAGUUUUGCGCGUUCUCUCAAACGUUACAACCGCAGAACAGAGAUGCUUUCUUUAAAACGCUUUCCAACAUGGGGAUUCUCCCGGCCCUGGAGGUCAUCCUGGGAAUGGAUGACGUGCAGGUGCGAAGUGCUGCCACUGAUAUUUUCUCUUAUCUGGUGGAGUACAACCCGUCUAUGGUGCGAGAGUUUGUCAUGCAGGAGUCUCAGCAGAACGAUGACGUGAGUGACGCCUCCUCCUCUCUCACACUCUCUCUUCAGGACAUCCUGUUGAUCAACCUGAUCAUCGAACACAUGAUCUGUGACACGGAUCCAGAGCUGGGCGGGGCCGUGCAGCUGAUGGGUCUGCUGAGGACGCUGGUGGACCCGGAGAACAUGAUGGCUACGGCAAAUAAGACAGAGAAGACGGAGUUCCUCAGCUUCUUCUAUAAGCACUGUAUGCACGUGCUGUCUGCUCCUCUACUGGCCAACACCACCGAGGACAAACCCAGCAAGGAUGAUUUCCAGACAUGCCAGCUGUUGGCACUAAUUGUGGAGCUGCUCACCUUCUGCGUGGAACAUCACACGUACCACAUAAAAAACUACAUCAUCAACAAAGACAUCCUGCGUAGAGUCCUGGUCCUCAUGGCCUCUCAGCACGCCUUCCUCGCCCUCUGUGCUUUGCGCUUCAUGAGGAAGAUCAUCGGCCUGAAGGACGAGUUCUAUAACCGAUACAUCAUGAGGAACUUCUUAUUUGAGCCCGUGGUCAAAUCCUUCCUGAACAACGGCUCACGAUACAACCUCCUCAACUCUGCCAUUAUAGAGCUGUUUGAGUAUGUACGAGUGGAGGAUGUGAAGUCCCUCACGGCUCAUAUCAUAGAGAGCUACUGGAAGGCCCUGGAGGACGUCGACUACGUGCAGACAUUUAAGGGACUAAAGUUACGUUACGAGCAGCAGAGAGAAAGACAGGACAACCCCAAACUAGACAGCAUGCGGUCAAUACUGAGGAACCACCGUUUCCGCCGGGACGCACGGACGCUGGAGGACGAGGAGGAGAUGUGGUUUAACACAGACGAGGAGGACCUGGAGGACGGGGAGGCGGUGGUGCCGCCCUCCGACAAGAUGAAGAGCGACGAGGAUUUGAUGGACCCCAUCAGCAAAUUCAUGGAGAGGAAAAAACUGAAAGACUCAGAGGAGAAGGAGGUUUUGACGGGCAAAGCCAGUUUCUCAGGCAGACAGAGUCCCAGUUUUAAACUGUCCUUCUCCAGCUCGCCCAAACCCAGCCUGUCCUCGCCCCCGACCGCCUCCCUGCACCCGGGAUCCCCAGGGUCGCCCGGCUCCCCCGGCACGGGGGCCAGGAGCUCUCCUCCCACGGCAGCUGUCACCACCAAGGGGACUUUUACGGGAUUAGUGGACUACCCGGACGAUGACGAGGAAGAGGAUGACGAGAACGAUUCAGACAGUAAAGAGGGGAGCCCGCCGUUGUCCAAGAAGUCAAAGCUGAGUUCUUAAAAGCGCUCGCUGUCCGGUCGCCACGGCAACGCUCGGAGGGCGUCGCAUCCACAGACUUGUUACGGCGCUCUGCUUAGAACUCGAAAACUGAAAAAAAACAAACAAACAAACAAACAAAAUAAUAUGAAUGAAUAAAGCGAAUGAACGGAUGAUGAAAGAAGGAAUGAAUGAAGCCCCACACAGGAGUCUGUGGGAUGUGAUAUGGAGAGGAAUGGAGAGAGAGUGAGUGAGUGAGUGAGAGAGAGAGAGAAGGAGAAAUAAAAAAACGAAAACAAAAAAAACACGGGCCGCAUAAUGAAACGAUGGACGUCUCCACACGGAUUUUCCCUUGCUCAAGUGCCAAUUGGAGACGGGAGUGAGAAACUUGUGAAUAAGAAAGCAAGAGCGAAGAGUAAAAACUGUGGUUUGGAUGAAAUGAUAAUAAAAAAAAAAGGAUUUAACAAAAAAAAAAAAAUUAAAUUCAACGAAGCUAAAAGUACUUGGGGGGUUAAAUGACCUCUCUCACAUAUACAUACACACACACACACACAUAGAAAAACACACAGACACACACUGGUGCCCUACAGAGCUUUCAGGGCUCGGACCAGGACACACUGCCCCCCCCCCUCUCAGGGAAGGACGUCAAAUGACCCAUACGGGCCAGCCAAUCCAGAACCACCACUCACUUUCGCUGACUCCGCCUCCAUUUCUUUCUCUCCUUCCUCUACCCCUUACUUCUGUCUGUUCCCCUCACCUCCCACACAC